UUAAUAACUGACCCCGCCCCUCAGUACAACAUGAAUGAGCAAUGUCUUGAGGAGAGGAGGAGGAAUGAGAUUUUCUUUCUGAUAGCCCGUUUUCUAGAGGAGAGCUCUUGUAGGAGAGCGGCUAAGGUACUGAUAGAAGAGUUGGAAGAAAAGGAGUUGUUGUUUAAAGGUAAGAAAUGGAGCGGAGAAGAGACUAAGUUAACUUUUGAGGAAAUUUCUAAGAGAAAUGUCCACAUAUCCUCAGAUUAUUUAUUAUUAUUGUGUAAUGAGUUGUGCUCUCAGUUGGAGUCAUCAGGUUCCAUUAGAAGAGGAGGAGGGGGAGGUCAUUCACUAAUUGGGAAUGAGAUAUCAUCAUUUAUUUAUAAUAAUAAUAACAAUAAGAAUAAUUCUAGUUCUAGUUUGUUAAAGUUACUCGUCUUUCUUCCAUUCCUUCUAUGGCUUCUCUUCUAAUUCAACCAAUCAACUUCACUAAAAUGAAAAAGCACACAGUGAUACUAGGUCAUCUUGCUCCAGUGUUUUGUCUCUCAUUUGAUUCAACCGGUCAAAGGAUCAUUACCGUUAGUCCUCCAUUACUGGGUGCUGAUGAUGAUCUAGCUAAGAUAUGGUGUAGCAGGACUGGUCAGUUGGUGACAACACUAAGAGGACAUCAUGCUGAAAUAACUGACCUCUCAGUGAGUUGGGACAACACACUGAUAGCUACUGGUAGUCUUGAUAAACUGGUGAGGGUUUGGUGUGGACACACUUCAGCUCCUUUAGCUGUUCUUAGUGGACACUCUGGACACAUCACCUCAGUACAGUUGUCACCUUCUCCUGAUGAUGAUAGCAAGUAUAUUGCUACUACUGCUAAAGAUGGCUGCCUCUUGUUUUGGAAAUGGGACCCAACGACACUCAAAUUUUAGUGAGAAAGAGAGAGA